GUCGGUGGAUCCAGGAUGCACCACGGGACGCAGGCGGAGACCUCCAAGAGCAACGACGAGCGCGGGCUAGAGGAGCCCGGUGGGCGGGGCCGGACGGGGCCGGAAGUGGACCUGCGCCGGCGGCCAUCUUGCCGUGAGACUGCAGGAGUCGGAGCGAUGCUCACCUUGGCCGCUUACCGGGGCUUCGACCGAGAGAUGGCAAUGAGGGCGGCUCAGGGCUCCUCCGGCCCCGCGUACCUGCGGUUCUCGCCUUACGCCUUCAAUGGAGGUACUGUAUUGGCAAUUGCUGGAGAAGAUUUUUCCAUUGUUGCUUCAGACACUCGGUUGAGUGAAGGGUUUUCAAUUCAUACCCGAGAUAGCCCCAAAUGUUAUAAACUAACAGACAAAACAGUCAUUGGCUGCAGUGGUUUUCAUGGAGAUUGUCUUACUCUGACGAAGAUUAUUGAAGCAAGAUUAAAGAUGUACAAGCACUCCAAUAACAAGGCCAUGACCACUGGGGCAAUUGCUGCAAUGCUUUCCACCAUCCUCUACUCACGGCGCUUCUUCCCGUACUAUGUCUACAACAUCAUCGGUGGACUCGAUGAAGAAGGAAAGGGAGCUGUGUAUAGCUUUGACCCAGUGGGCUCCUACCAGAGAGACUCCUUCAAGGCUGGGGGCUCAGCAAGUGCCAUGCUGCAGCCUCUGCUUGACAACCAGGUUGGUUUCAAAAAUAUGCAGAAUGUGGACCAUGUGCCCCUGUCUCUGGACAAAGCUAUGCGGCUGGUGAAGGAUGUCUUCAUCUCUGCAGCUGAGAGGGACGUGUACACUGGCGAUGCCCUCAAGAUCUGCAUUGUGACCAAGGAAGGCAUCAGGGAGGAGACUGUUCCCCUGCGGAAAGACUGAUUGUCAGCUGUGUAUUGGAGCUAUGGCACAAGCUUGUCAUUAUUAAAAAGAAGCAUGAAAAGUA